AUGAAUGCAUUUUUCGAUGGCUAUGUGCAUUCCGGAACGACAUUGAAGGAAUUUGUUGAUCAGUUUGAUAAUGCACUUAGAAAGAAGGUCGAGGUCGAGACACUUGCUGAUUUCAAAUCUAUCAACCAGACUAUUCCCUGCGUAUCUCACUUCAACAUAGAGAAGCAAUUCCAAUCCGUAUAUACAAAUGCAAAAUUCAAAGAGCUCCAAAGGGAGUUGCUAGGCUUAAUGGCUUGUAAUUGUUCGUUGGUAAGCACAGAAGGGUCAAUUUGUAAGUACGAUGUGUUGGAUGAAAUUUCUACUGACGAGCUCAUUAAAACAGUCAAUUACUCAGUAUACUUUAAUGAAAAGGAGGUGGAGGUGCGAUGCACGUGUGGACUAUUUGAAACUAGGGGCAUUCUAUGUCGGCAUGCACUUAGAGUUUGUCAGUUGAAGAAGAUUAAAGAGCUGCCAAGUGUAUAUGUGUUGGAUCGCUGGAGAAAGGACGUAAAGAGGAGAUACACCUUACUCAGAAGUAGUUACGAUGACCAUGGUGACAGAGAGGAUAGUCGGAAUUAUGAGCUGGUUGUUAAGAGAUGUUUGAAAUUAGCAACCAAAAUAGCUUCAAAUUCUGAAAAAGUCCAUGCAUUCCUAAGUGUUGUUGAUGACUUUGAGAAAACAUGUGAAGACUCAACAGUAGACUCGACACUCAUUCAUACGAAGGAGAAAGCAGAUGUGGUAUUGGAUAAGGGGAAAAAGAUAUUAAGCCCAAAUGUGGUACGAGGAAAAGGGAGACCCCCAAGUAAGAGGAGGGUUCCACACGUGGAAAAGAUGGCCACAAAGAAAAGCAAACGGACAUGCAGGAAAAUCUUGGCAGAUGAAACAGGAUUGGAUGACAACCCGGGAUCUCAACACUCCCAAUUUUCUGAUGGGGUAUAUGUUGGGACACAAAACAGCAUUAUUACACAAUCCACACCACCAGGGGAUGAGAAUUUGUGA